AAAAGACUGCCGUGAUGUCACUGUGAUCGUGUGCCCCUAGCGUUCGCUUAGAACAAUCCUGUUUGGAGCAGGUUUGUGAAAGCUCUGGAAAGUCCCGUAGACGGAAAUCCCCGCAGUCUGGGUUUUUUCCUGACCACAUAAAAAAACCUUGGUACACAAAGUGAAUCGCAUUGGGUAGCUACAUACAGACACGCACACACGCACAGCGAGCUAAAAGCCUAACGUUAACGUUACCGAACACGAUGGAGUGGUUCGGAUUGUGAAGCCUUAAUGGCGGUCUGCAUCGAUUUGGUUAUUCUGGCUAAAGGGACAGCAGGAUCGCCUGGCCAUCGCUGAGGGACUGUUGUUGAUACCGACAUAUUUUACAGUUUCUACUGGUUCUCCUACCCUCCGGUACACAGGAUGUCCCAGGGGCACAACUUCCUGCCCAAGUUCUUGUUUGUGAGCAACCUUCUGAAGGCCAUGAAGAUCCGGGAGCAGGUGCCAAACGAUGUGGUGAAGCCGACCAGCAGCUGCGGCGUCAUCCACCACCUGCGCACGCUGCACCGGCACACCGUGGAGAUGCUGCCCACCGGGCACUUCCCCCUGGCCUUCUGCCAGCUGGUCCAGGGCGUCCUGCUGGACCGGGCCAUGCAGACUGCCCUGGAGCAGGAGAAGAAGCUCAACUGGUGCCACGAGGUGAAGAAUCUGGUGCCGCUGCGGACCAAUGGUGACGGCAACUGCCUGCUGCAUGCGGCGUCGCAGUACAUGCUCGGGGUGCAGGACACAGACCUGGUCCUGCGCAAGGCGCUAUAUGGAGCCCUGAAGGACACGGACACGCGCAACUUCCGCAUGCGUUUCCAGACGCAACUGCUGCAGUCACAGGAAUUCACACAAACGGGGCUGCGGUACAACACACUAAACUGGGAGGAGGAGUGGGAGAAGGUGGUGAAGAUGGCGUCUCUGGGCUCCAGCCGCAGCGGCCUGCAGUACGACUCGCUCGAGGACAUUCACAUCUUCAUCCUUUCCAACAUCCUCCGAAGGCCCAUCAUCGUCAUCGCCGAUGAGGUCCUGAGGAGCAUGGAGUCUGGGUCCUCUCUCUCCCCCCUCAGUGUGGGGGGCAUCUACCUCCCUCUGCACUGGCCCCCCAGGGAGUGCUACAAGUAUCCCAUAGUGCUCGGCUACCACUCUCAACACUUCGCUCCCCUCCUGACCGUCAGAGACAGCGGCCCAGAGGUCCGAGCCGUGCCAUUGGCCAGCCCAGGAAGGGGCGGUUUUGAGGAGCUGAAGGUCCACUUCCUGCUGGAGAAGGAGCAGCAGCAGAGCAGGAGGCUGAUUGGUGAUUACCUGGCCCUGACCGAGAUAUCUGUGAGCGGACUCGGGCUCAACACCGAGGUCGUCCACGCAGCCAGGUUGGAUGAAGGGAACCUUCCAGAAGACAUGGAUCUGAUGGAGGACUACCUGCAGCUGGUCAACCACGAGUACAAGCGCUGGGAAGAGGACAGGGAGCCCACCUGGGAGCCCCGCCCCCAGCGGCCGCCGCCCUUCUCCGUCUCCCAGCUGUCCCUAGUGGAGAUCCGCUGCGCCACGCCCAGGUGCUCGUACUACGUCUCCGUGGAUACGCAGCCCCACUGUCACGAGUGCUUUGAGAGGAGGCGAGCGGGCGAGCAGGGCGGGGCGUACACGGAGGCGGAGCCCGGGGCGAAGCCGAUGCCCCCGGGCUCCACCCUCCUGCCCAGCCCUCGCUCGGCCCCGCCCACGGCCCCCAGCCUCAGCCUGUACAGCGAGACUCACGCCAUGAAGUGCAAGACGGCGGGCUGCCUGUUCACGCUCCGCGUGGAGCGGGAGGGGCUGUGCGAACGCUGCUACGCCGCGCGCCAGAGCGGCCUCCCUCUCCCGCUGCCCCGAGCCCCCCAGGACCUGCCCCCCCACGGCUGGGCCCAGCGCUGCUCUCUCUGCCAGCAGGAGGCGCUAAGGACGUUUAACGGGCUCUGUCCCUCCUGCCUCCAGUGGAGCUCCAGGGAGAGGUCGGGGCCCGCCUCCGAGCCCGUCCACACGCGGGGGGACUCCAGCCUCUCCGCCCUCCACCGCCAGAGCUGCACGGGACAGCCCUGCAAGAGGGCGGGCUGCCAGUACUACGGGACGCCUGAGAAGCUGGGCUUCUGCACCAUCUGCUACGUGGACUACCAGACCAACCACCGGCCGGACCCCGUGGUGUCGCAGCGCAUGGUCCCCUCGUCGGGUGCGAGCCGCACGGAGGCGGGCUUCCACAGCGGCCCCCGGUGCCUGGGAGCAGGCUGCAACUCGCAGGGCCUGCCCAUGUACGAGGGCUACUGCAGCCGCUGCUUCGUGCGGGAGCAGGCCGUGCGGCUGAACCGAGCCGGGCCCCGGGCCCCCAGGGGCCACCAGUCCCCUCCUCCGCGGGCUGCGCAGCCGAGGCAGACGCAGACGCAGACCCAAACGCAGACACAGACGCAGACGCAGACGCAGACCAGGCUGCAGUGCAGCCGCGGCAGCUGUAAGAACGCGUCGCCCGGCUGCUUGGAGCUGUGUGCGGAGUGUCAGGCCAGGGGCCCCAGGGAGGGCCGCAGGACUCAGGCACCCAAAGACGGGCCCAAACAGAGCUGCAGGACCCAGGGCUGCGACCACUACGCCAACCAGGACAAGCACGGCUACUGCAACGAAUGUGACCACUUUAAGCAGGUCUACAGAGCGUGAUCUGAGGGGCGGGGCAUGGAGGAGGCGCAGUACACGCACAUCCCACACACAUCCUACACUCAUCCACACACAUCCCACACACAUCCUACACUCAUCCACACUCAUCCACACACAUCCCAUACACAUCCUACACUCAUCCACACACAUCCCAAACACAUCCUACACUCAUCCACACAUAUCCCAAACACAUCCUACACUCAUCCACGCACAUCCCAAACACAUCCUACACUCAUCCACACACAUCCCAAGCACAUCCUACACUCAUCCACACACAUCCCAAACACAUCCUACACUCAUCCACAUACAUCCCAAACACAUCCUACACUCAUCCACGCACAUCCCAAACACAUCCUACACUAAUCCACACACAUCCAUGCACGCAUCCUACGCACAUCCCACACUGCGCAACCACAUUCCAACACCCACAUUCAAACAAUGCACCUAAAAUGCAAAAGCGCAGAAGCACUUCUCUUUUCCCCAGUGAAAUUUGAUUGGCUGUUAACUAGAAAGACCCAAAGAAUGGGUUUGGUGGAAGGCAAGGAAGGUUCGAAAUGAGCGGCUGGUUGUGCUGCAGAGGUGUUGAGGUGUGUAUGUGUGUGAGCGACGGUUUGGGAAGUACUGUCUCAGUAAAGUAAACACUUAACACAGCUGCUGGGAUCCUUGUUCACUUCUGGACCAAGUAUUGCUGAUUUAAUGCUGAGCUAAAUAACAACAGCCAGCAGUUUUAGUUUCAUUCCUUUUACCUGACUCUGUCUAAUGGGGUUGCACAGCCCAAGUGCCUUUGCGCACUUCCUGUGAAAACAAUGAAAAACAAAAUAAAAACCACACACAGUCUCUCUCAAACACAAACACACAUACACACACACAAACACGCACAUUCAUUAUAACUUACGUCUGUUACUGAAAACUAAAUGACCUGAUCUCUGAUACAAGUAAAAUGAUUUAAUGUAAAGUGGAUGUUAAAGCUGGGUAGUACUGAGCAUGCACUUUAAGGCAAUGCUACCAGAUUAGAUGCCAUUAAGUAAAAAUUCAGCUGCUGAUUUUUUAAAAGCGGUUCAGAACAGUUUCCAGUUUUAAGGAUCAGUCUCUGCAUUCUCCUUGUGCAGCUCACUGAUCACUGCUGUCAGAGAUGGUCUGUUUGGGGUCCAGAUGUAGUUGGUGUAAGGCUGUGUUUUUUUGUUUUUUUACAUUGGCCAAAUUUUCAUCUAAGCGCAGUAAGAAAAUGUGCUUUAAGAGCUUUCAGAAGCCUGUUUCCUGCCGAAGCUCGCUGCCAGCCCUGGCAGUGCCGCCUGUAAGCCCGUAGUUUUCAUCUUCUCGUGGAAGUAGCAUUUACGUUCCAAGAGUGUCGCAGGCGCAGACGUAGAAAUGAGCAUCAUUAGGAGAUGGCAGCCGGCCGUGUCCACAGGACUGAUCCUAACAGGGAGAGCCAGCGCCAGGGAGAGCCACUGCUCCUCCUGCAUCUCGCUGGAAACUUAGAAAGUGCUUACAGAGCCUGGCACAGCUAGCACGUUUUUUAUAGGCUUAGAACUGCAAUUAAUCUCAUCACCAUAAAAAUCAUAAUCGCCCUGUAGGGAAUUGCCCACAUCAGAAUGCGUGUGAAACUCCCUUUGACUGAAAGCAACCCUCGGUGAAAUCCCCUCAGCAUAGAACAGCCGCGAGAGAGCCGCACCGUCGGAACGUAAACACUCCUGAGCGAGGGCCACGCCCCUUUCUGCACCUCCCGCUGUGCCUCCUCCUCCACCUCCUCCUGCAGCCGGCCUCGGUACCCGCUCCUCUGCACAGUGCCUGUGUUUCGCGCGACGCUUUUUUCCGCAGUUGCACAAACUGAACUGGUUUUGUAAUUCUGUGUUUUUGUGAUUAUUCAUUAUUUGAUGUCGCAGUAACUGCCAAAAAAAAACAAAAAAAAAAUCAACGGAGAUAACUGUCCAUUUGUGAGUCGUCAUGGCGAAAUUGAAAAAACAUUACCUGUAAAAUCUGUAUCUCCUGAACACUGAUUAUGUUGUUGAAAUGUUUCUAGUUUUGUCUUAUUUACAAGAACAAACGUGGAUAAACAAACCUGUGCUUUUGCCAAAGUGAACACACAGAAAGGCAGUUGUCUGUCUCAUAAGGAGAUAUUUAAGAUAUUCACACUUAUGGCUUUGAUCUCCACUCAGAGUCACAGUCUUAAUAUUGCACAAUACUUUAAUAAGCUGUUGUGGUGUACAUGAUGGUAAACCUGGAACAUUCCAGGGAAGAACAUUCAUUAACCUUCAAAUUUUGAAACUUUUUUUUCCCUUGUUUAACAGUGUAUAAUUAAAUCUGUAUUUGUUAAGUAUUUAUUCAUUUUAAAAAUGAUCAGUUCUGUGUCUCAAUAAUUUAUACAUUGUCUUGAAAAUAAAUUAUUUUUAAUAAUA